AUGUACGAAGGGAUUGACAACCUGAAAUCCCUUUACGACCGUGCCGGGAAGACUUUCUCCAGCGUUCCUUCUGCGGCACAGGAUGUGCCGCGUCGUACUGCUCGACCAGACCCAGUACGUCAACCAUUAGUCGGGAGCGGGGCUCCCAAGUAUCCCAGGACGGGGGAUAGCCGCGCCACCGGAAGAGGUAACUCGUCCGACGUCCGUUCACAUCGCGGUGUUUCAAUAGCUGCUCAACCAGAUAGCGCUGGCCACCGCGAAAGUCCUCCAAUGGAGGUGGAGGUGGAGGGAAGACGCUCUCCAGACUAUCGUGGGGGAGCGUGUGUUCCCGAGAGCUUCUUUGAUCGCGUAUCUCUUUCGUUGCGCGGCGACCUCGAGCAUGAGCGGGAUAGGCGUCUCCAGCUGGCGGACACUGUCUUGAAGCAUCGAGCUGAGUUUGCCUUUGCUCAGCUCGAGAACGAGAGAUCACUGACAUCUCUUCGUGACGAGCUAAGGGUAGCUCGUGGGAUUGUUGAUCGGUCUCGGGAUGAGAUAGCUGCUCUUCAGACCCUUGUCGAUGCCCACCAUCAGGAGCACAAGGCUCUCUGCGAGAUGCUUGAGCGCAAGGGCGUUCUUCAUCGGAAGAAGCAGCGUACUGAUGGUACGGCUUAA